CAAACCAUUCGGAGAGGCCUAUGUCAAGAACGAAAAAUGCCUGAUUUGCACAAUCUCCCAGAAGGAUCGCGACCAUUGGGCGUGAUUCGUAAUAAUGGACCGGAAGCUCUUGCAGUCGAGCGCUUCAAGCUAAGAGAGCUGGCAGAAGGCUGGCCAAUGUAUAGGGACGCUUGCGAGUGGGAAAAUUUUGCGUCUAUCUUUCACCCAGGUGCUCAUGUGUACACUACUUGGUCCGGCCGGGUUAAUUAUGAGAGUUUUAUCCAGGCAUCAAAGGAGGGAAUGGAUCGUGGGACUUUUAUUAUGCAUAGAUGUCAUGGCUGCACAACCGACAUCAAUGUGGAUGCUACGCGGGCAGUGACAAAGCUCAAGGCCACCAUCACACAGAGAUGUUUGUUGGAGGGCUGUGAGGUAGACGCUGAGAGUGACUGCCGAUUCGCCUUCUUUUGGGAGAAAGUGGACGGCAAAUGGGGUGCAAGAUACGUCCGCCAUUGGUAUGAAAAGGACAAGUUAAUACCAGUCAACCCAAAUAAGAUUCCUAAAUUGGACCAGGAGGAGCUCAAAACCUAUCCUGUUGGGUACAGAUAUCUAAUCUACUGCCAGCGGCGACUCGGAGUAGUCGCCCCGGUUCUAGAUUUGCCCGGCCACAGGCGCGAUGGAUCCAAUGUGAAUGGAAAGAUGCACGACAAGUUAUACUGGCAGUGUAAGCAGUGGGUAGAAGGAGAGGAUCUUGUGAUUUAGGC